CUACUAUAUAUAUUAUAUAAAUGUAUUCAACACCGCAAUCAAAUCCUAUUCUAGACUUUCCUGAAACACCCAAGAAAAAUAUUGUUAAAAGAAGGCUAAAUGGGCGCCUGUAUAUCCUCAACUUCAAGCGCAAAAUCAGGCCAAACUGUAGGAGGAGGACCGAGUUGCGUCAAGCGGUCAUCGACAGCAGCCAAGGUGGUUCACAUGGAAGGUCGUGUUCAAGAGUUCAGGCAAUCAGUCCAAGCCAAGAACAUCGUUUCUCAGAAUCCUGGUCACUUCCUUUGCAGCUCCGAGUCGAUGUCCAUUGGGACAUGCGUGCCCCAUGUGCCCGAUGAGGAGGAGCUUCAACCGGGACAGGUUUACUUCUUGUUGCCACUCUCCCAAUCCGAUAAACCCCUUUCCUUGCCGGACUUGUGUUCCCUCGCCAUUAAAGCUACCGCUGGCUUUGGAAGACACAAUGUGGACCUCUCCUCCAGUAACUCCAAACUCAUCCUUAGGUGAUGGAGGUGGUAAG